AUGGCGUACCCUUAUAUUGACACGCCGCGAACUGAAGUCGACGGAAACGCGACUUACUUGACCAACGGUGAUCGGAGCGUCGGCCGACACAAUCUAUCUGCACUCGAUUCGGUCGAAAACUCAUUCCAGUCGCCUUCGAAGGAUGGGGACGUUCUCAAGGUGCUCGGUGACCGAAGACGCAGUUCCGGCGGGUUCAAGCUCAGCACACCGCGUGCUGGUUCGAGUUCGAGGCCGAUAAAAAGCGCGUUGAAAUCUCGACAGCACCUUCCUACUGUUGCGCCUGCUAAAGGUGAAUUUACUCCAUUGAUGCAGAGCGCUACGAAGAACAAUCUGCUGAGGAAUCUGACCACGACGCGCGGGGCCGGCGACAUCAAAACACCAGCAUACCUGAGAGCGAGUUAUCGGAGUAAUGUCAAUACUCCGGGAUUACCGCCGAUGGAGAUGACAGGAAUUGAUGAGGAGGAGGACAUCACAGAAGAAGCCACUCCUUUGCCGCAGGUUGCGAGCAGUAGUGUUCAGAGCACCCCGCUCCCUUCUUUGCGAAGGGAUGGAAAUGUCCUCAAUGACGGCCAGAAUAAUAUGACCUUGAAGGAGCAGGAAAAGUUAAUCGAUAAACUCGAUAAAGAUAAUUUCGGACUGAAACUGAAGAUCCAUUAUCUGCAGGAGCAAUUGCAGAAAGCAGGUCCGGAGUAUAAUCAAGCGGCUCUCAAGGAAAAUACGGAACUCAAGGUUACGAAGCUGACCAUGCAGCGAGACAUUGCGCGGUACAAGAAGAGCCUUCAACAGGCGGAACGCGACCUAGAAGCAUACCGCCUACAAUUCCAGGAAGUGAAGGAUAAAUUGCGAAGGAGACAGAUUGACGAGAGUGUGCAGCAAGAGAUGGACUUGAUGCGAGAAGAGAUGGAAAGGAAAGAUAACCGCGUGAGGGAACUCCAAGAGGAGCUUAGAGAGGCCAAGGAUCGCCAAUCACAACAUCUUGAGAAACUUCGGGACGAAAUUGAGGAUUUGGAAGCGUCCAUUCGGGAGAAGGACCGUACCAUUGAAGCGCGUGAGGAGGAAAUCGAAGAGUUGAAGGACAAAGAUAACAAGGACCGAGAUUCAGUAUCUGAGCUUGAAGCAGAGCUUCGACGCGCUAAGGAGCAUCUGCAGGACUUGCACGCAAGUUUGGAUCAGGCCAAGGCUGACGCCAAUGAAGCCCGAAAUGCUGCGAACAAAGCUGUUCAGGAAAAGGAAAAGGCCGACCAAGACCUUCGGGAACUUCAUGAAGAGAUGGCGAACAAAUCUUUCAGCACUAAAGGCCUCACUCGUCAAUUAGAGGAACGGACGACCAAAUUGGAGGACGAACUUGGAAAAUUGGAGCGAGAGAAUGAUUCAUUGAAGGAGCAGCUCGAUAUGAAAACACAAGACGAACGCCGCCUGGAGGAACAGUAUCGGAAUUUCCAACAGGAUAUAGAUGAAGAGAAAAGAAAGUUGAGAGACGACGCCACAGCGGCAAAGCGCGAGCGAGACUCCACUCGACAAGAACGAGACAAACUGUUCGCCCAGUUGCAGGAUGCACUCGAUGAACUCCAACGACGAACAGAAGAGAAAGAUCUCUUACAGACCCGGCAUCAAGCUCUGACUGAUGAGUCUGGUAGUCUACAGCGCGAGCUUAGUCAGGAACGCUCCCAAGUUCGGGAACUUCAGCGAGCUUUGGACGAGGAAAAGCAGCGCUCAUUAGAAAACGGACAUAUCAUUCGUGCACAGUACAAAGAAGAGGUCCAACGAUUGCAAGAAGAAAUCGAGUCUCUUCAGCACGAGAUUGAAGACAAAGAAGGCCAGUUUGCGCUUGAGCAAGACAGGUGGGAAAGUGCAAAGCGGACUUUACAACUUCAGAAAGACCGGGCCGAGGACCAAGCGGCUGGAUACAAGCGUACUAUCGAGAAGCUCGAGCAAGUUGAGCACUCUCUUUCAGGCAAGGAAGUGAAACUGCAGGAGGUCAUCGAUAGUGAGAAGGCCCGGCAUUUCAACGCAGAGGCGGUUCUUAGUCGCCAAGUGAAGGAAUUGAAUGACGACAUCGCAUCGAAACGGGAAGUCAUUGAUGAGCUGAGGAACGAGCUUCUAUCUGUCAAGGAAGAAUUGAGAGUCACGAAACGUGAGGAAGUCGCCUUGAGAGAGAGAGUCCAGUCUCUAGAAGACGAGGUAGUUGUUCUUCAAGCGAGCUUAGAAGAAGAGCAAGAAUACACAAAAGCUCGGCUGCAGAAAGGGUCUUCAGAAGACAGCCAGUUGCAAAAGCUGGUGGCUGAGAAACAGAAGCUUCGUGAUCAGCUGGCAAAUGCUCACGUUGAACUGCAUGAUCUGCGCACUUCGGUAGCUGAGCUAGAGGCCGAACGCGAUGAACUUCAGAAUCAACUCGAGAACGUCAACAACCUGGACGAUACGACCCGGUUUGACCGAGAGAAAAUUGGUCUCCGCAAAUCCGCCCUGCGCCUUGAAGGCGAGGUAAAGAGAUUAAAGGAUGAUAAGGCUUCACUUCUGGAGGCGAAAGAAUCUCUUGAAAAGCAACUGAGCUCAGAAAUUGAGCGUGCUACACAGGAAGAGAACCGUUUGUCGGCCGAAAUUGAUCAGCUUCAGGAUAAGCUGCACGUGGCCUCCGGUGGGCGAGACAGAGAACUGACGCUAGCUAAAGGUAAAGUACAGCGUCUGGAGAAGCGCAUCCAUGAACUCGAAUCGCUUCUUGAACAGCAGCCUCUUGGAGAUAUCGAGCAGUCUACUUCUAAUGCAGACCUUUCGAUGCUCCGUCAUGAUUUGGACGAGGCGCGAAAGAGAGAACGAGUACUGCUACAAAGGGAAGCCGAUCAGAAAUCGUCUGUUCGCAAAUGCAAGCAGCGAAUUUCUGAGCUGGAAAGGGAGCUCCACGAUGCUUUGAUGAAUAAAUACGAAACAAGUUCGCCUCAUGGGUCGCCCUCCGAGAAAUUACAUGAAGAAACACGAAGUCUACGGAAGCAGCUGUCUGAGGCUCAUCGGGCCUUGAAGGAGUUGAGAGCUAAGAACCGUGACCUCGAGCGAGCAGCUAUGCGAGAGGAGGAUCAGCGGGAUCUCCACGAACUCCUCAAAUCUUCCACUCUUGAAGCCGAGUCGCUGGCAUUGCAAGUGUCUGAGAGGGAUGCUCGCCUCAGCGACUUGAAGUCGCAGCUUCGCAGAGUCCGUGACGAGCGCGCCUUCUGUAUCAGAAAAGCCGAGACAGCCACCAAGGAGCUGGAGGUUCUUCGAGAACGUUAUGACAAGAUCGUCAAGAGCAUUGAGUCCAACGCCGACAAUAAGAACAGACACGACAAAGAAAUCCUAGGUCUCGGAAAGGAGAUCAUCUGGCUUCGAGCUCGGUUGAGGCGAGAGGAGAAGUUCCGGCGUGACCUAGCUUGGAGCAAGGGCUUGAUGGAGCUUGGAGAACGAGUCCGCGUUGCUUGUAACGAGGCCGACCUCAGAAUGAUCAAUGAGAUGGGCGUCAAGCCUCGGGACCGGACUCAUUUCCGAACUCCACGGCAAAAAUUGAAGACUGCCGUCUCCCUGGUUCUGGCCACUGUUCGCAUGCAAAGAAAGUCUCGUGAAUGGUCGAAGACGAAGAAGUUGGGCGAAGGCCUCAAGCGGGCCAAAAAUGAAGUGUUGAAAAAGAGGAGGGAGAGCUCCGGCAAAGCUGCAAUGACUUGA